AUCAUUGAUAUUUCUCAACUUCUUUCCUUGUCUUACUUCAACUUCUCUUACUGUAGAGCUUGAACUAAUUGACUCUCCCUCUUCAUUCCCAUCAGGGAUUUAAACAACAUCCAUGGCACCAAAUACCAAGGAAACCAUUGUGUCAAACCCUAACAAUUCCAACAAAGUCGUCCACUCCAAGCCCCGACUUCCAAUAGAAAACCUCCAAAGAACAAAAUCCGAUAUCUCAUCUGAGCUAACCAAAUUAGCUAUUGACCCAAAGUCGCUUCCAAGCAUUACGGAGGUCGAGGAUGCAAAGUGUGAGUGCUGUGGCAUGUCUGAAGAGUGCACAACCGAGUACGUAAAUCGUGUACGAGAGAAGUUUUCAGGAAAAAUGAUUUGUGGGUUGUGUGCAGAAGCUGUAAAGGAAGAAAUGGAGAAGAAUGGAGGAAAAAGCGAAGAGGCUUUGAACGAGCACAUGAGUGCUUGUGUAAGGUUUAAUAGAUUUGGUAGGACAAAUCCGGUACUGUACCAAGCUGAGGCGAUGAGAGAGAUCUUAAGGAAUUCAAAAAUUAGGGCUAAGUCCAUCAGCCCUAGGAUUAAGGGUGGCCAAAAGAAGGGUGCAAUUACAAGGAGCUCCAGUUGUAUACCAGCACUCACCAAGGACUGGUCCAUCGAGAUACCAAAAUAAUUAUGAAUUUCUUUUGCUACGUAUGAUUGCUCUUAUUGCUUCCGAUACUUGUAAUCUAUCCUAACCAGUUGCUUUACAAAUAUAAUACAAUAGCUAUAUAUGUAUACAUACUUUUUUUGUUCACACUUCGAUUAAUCCUCAAGGGAAGCUAUUCUGUGACAAUAGAUUAUUGUGGGAUAGCUUUCUCUGAGAAUUAGUCUCAGUUAACAAAAAAAAA